AAACGGAUAUGAAGUUUCCGGUUUAGCUGGUCCGUCAGACAAAGUGCUCCGUAAAGCAAAUGUCGGGGAACAAGAAGCGCUAUGGCAACAAUGAUUGAGGAAAAUGGUCCUUCGACCCAUGAGCAGUCGGAAGUGUCCCCGUGGGCCCAGGCCCGGCAGAAACUUGAGGGGCUCCUGAAUAAAAACAUGAAGAUCCGCAUGACGGACGGACGCACUCUGGUGGGGCUCUUCCUCUGCACAGACCGAGACUGCAACGUCAUCCUCGGAUCAGCUCAGGAGUUCCUCAAAUCCACAGACACAUUCUCCCAGGGCGAACCCAGAGUCCUGGGCCUGGCCAUGAUCCCCGGUCACCACGUGGUGUCCAUCGAGGUGGAGGCAGACAGUCUGGAAGACACACAAGGAUUUGGAUCCAACCGUUGUUGAAGGCCCUUCCUGUUUGGACGACACACUCAGUGCGACCGUCUCUCAGGGAGGCGGACGUAUGGCUGCGCUCGAAGGAGAGUGGACAUCUUCGCCGGAGGAUUUUAUCAGACUUCACCUCUACAGAUGCAGAACUCCUGUGUCAACAUUCUGGAUUUUAGCCAUUUCCUCUAAGCUUGAAGAUGCGUCCAUUUGCAGCGACGGCUGUACGAUACAGCGUGUGUGUGUAUGAGAUGGUGACGCAAACAGCCCGAUCCAUGGAUGUGUUCAUAGAACGUCUUUUGUUUCAUGGUGUUUUUAAAAUACAUUGUUGUGUUUGAGAGCUUGUGUUCAGUUGUUUAAAUUAUGUGUCGGGAGCUACGUGCUUUCUAAAAAGGAGAACUACACUGAUUUUACCCGUCAAAGUCGGUUUGCAGGAGUUGGAGUACUACUGCAUACAACGUGGUGCAACUGAAGACGAGAAGUUUCAAGAUGGAAAGUAAAUCACAGGGUUUGGAGUUAGAAAGAAGUAAAGAUACCAGGAUUGUGGGUAAUGUAGGCACCAGAUUUUGACAAGAAAUGUGUGGAAUAAAAAGACAGUAUCUGA